AUGUGUGUAAAUAUAGAACACUUGAAUAACUUAUCAAUGAAGCAACAUAUUGUGGUGAAGCAAUUGGCAGCAGGAAUGGCUACAACACGGAGCACAAAAAUGAAAUUCAUUUUAAAUAGUCUUCGUAUUAAGCAUGCAACAGUUCUGCUUACCACAGGAGCAAUUACAAUUAAAGAGUUCUUGAUACAGUGCUCACACUGUGUGGAUGGUUACUUAACAAGAGAGUUGAACUGGCAAGAUGAAAGUGAAGAUUCUGAAGAAGAAGCUGAUAUUAAUGUGAUUAAUGUGAUUAAUGCACCUGUAGUUGAGGUUGUUGAAGAUCUUCUAUUGAAUAACAAUGUUGUUGAUAAUUCAGAAAUAAAUGAUCCUGAACAAGAAGUUCCAGCAGACGUUGAAAAUCAAGCUGUCAAUAAUAUACUGAAUCCAGAAGAAGAAUAUAAUGAGGCAGAUUUCUUUGUGCCUGAGGAUUUGGCCUUGGCCAUUUGGGAGGAGCAAUAUGGUAAUGAUAAAGAACAAGAAAUACCAUAUGCUCCUGUUCCUCAAAAUAUUGUGACCAUGUUUCCUCGUAGAAAUGAAGAGGGUCUAUGUGUUGUGUGUAGAGAUGGUGUGAGAACACAUGCACGUAUACCGUGUGGGCAUAGAGUUCUGUGUAUCU